UGUUAUUAGGUUUGGAAACCCAGACAGUCAUUGGUGGAAACAUCCUCGACCUCGAAGUACAUUCUCUACCUUCCACGUAUGAGUGAUGUAGGAGAGAUUAUGACACAGACCCAAGCUGGGACAACUUUCAGUGGUCAGCAUGAAGCGCACGUGCGAUGUCACGUUGGGACCAAAUUGCUCAUCAGUGCGGACAGGCCGUCAGCAAGUUGCCCUGCGAGCAAUUUCACCAGCACAAUUUCAGCACAACUGGGACCAUUAUUGAACCGUUUCGUCCUAAAAAAUAGUUUAUUUAUCGAAGAACUAUUUCUGUGUCAUGUCGAUUGAAAGUAAUUCCAUAGAAGCAGAUAUUUUCUCGGAGAGCGGGGAAGAAAGUUCGUCAUUUGGUUUUGGAGAUGAUCUGGAAUUAAACCAGUUCGAUGGGCUGCCCUUUUCCUCUCGGUACUACGAGUUACUGGAAAAGAGAAAGGCUCUUCCAGUGUGGAAGGUCAGGAGUAAGUUUGAAGAUGCCCUAGAAAACAACCAGCUGGUUAUUGUGUCUGGAGUAGCACAAACUGGCAGCAGUACGCAGAUUCCUCAGUGGUGUGCAGAGUUCUGUCUGUCCGCCCAGUUUCAGCAUGGCGCGGUUGUGUGUACACAGACUAACAAAAAGCAAGCUGUGGAUCUUGCUCUGCACGUGGCUGAUGAAAUGGAUGUGAACAUCGGUCAUGAGGUUGGCUACACCAUCCCUCUGGAGACCUGUUGCUCCUCUGACACUGUCCUAAGAUAUUGCACUGAUGACAUGUUGCUGAGAGAAAUGAUGUCAGACCCUUUUCUGGAACAAUACGGAGUCAUUAUUAUAGAUCAGGCCCAUGAAAGGACAGUUAGCACAGACAUCCUGCUGGGUCUCCUCAAGAACAUCCUCCUGCAGAGGCCGGAGAUCAAGGUGGUGGUCCUCGCCAUGUCCGCUGUGGUGGACAGGCUCUUGGGUCACUACGGAAGCGUCCCACUCAUCAAACUAGAGAUCUCUGGUUCUCCUGAGGUGGUGUAUACCAAAAUGAACAACAAAGACUAUUUUUACCUUGCACUUGCACUGCUUCAGGAGAUCCACCUUACCAAAGAGAUUGGAAAUGUCAUUGUGUUUUUGGCAUCAGAGGAGGAUGUCCGCAGAGCUUGGAGUAUCAUUCAAAGUGAGAGCCCCAGACUGGAAGAUGGACUGGACCAAAUCACACCAAUCGUUUUGUGCCCAAGCCAGCAAGGGUCCUCACCUUUACUGAUUGAACAAGCAGGCGCCACAAAUUCCAAGAGGGUUUUUCUUUUGACCCAUAAACAGGAGGCUGUGUGGUUGGCUGGGCAAUCAGCCAACUUUGUCAUUGACACAGGUGUCCAGAAAAAAAUGAUUUACAAUCCAAGAGCAAGAGCUUUCUCUGAGGUGCUUCAACCCAUCAGUCAGUGUCAAGCAGAUGUGCGCAAAUGCCUGUGUUCAUCAGCAGGUAAAUGUUUCCGACUGUAUCCUGAAUCGAGUCUACCCAUGGCUGAAACCUACCCACAGAUCCUGGACUGUAACAUUACACCAACUGUCCUCUACCUAAAGAGAAUGGAGAUAGCUGGUCUUGGGCAGUGUCACUUUAUCGAAAGACCAGAUCCAGAAGGUCUCAUGCAGGCCUUGGAGGAGCUGGACUACCUUGCAGCUUUAGACGAUGAUGGGAACUUGUCUGAAAUUGGCAUCAUCAUGUCUGAAAUCCCUCUAGAUCCUCAGAUGGCUAAAGCUCUGUUAGCGUCCUGCGAGUUUGACUGCGUUAGUGAGAUGCUGACAAUCGCAGCCAUGCUGUCAGCACCAAGCUGCUUCCUGCGGCCAGCUGGCAGCAUGACCCAAGAGGCAUUAAAGUGUCAGAGAAAGUUCCAACAUCCUGAGGGCGAUCACUUCACGCUCAUAAAUAUCUACAAUGCCUUCAAACAAAAACAAAAAGAUCAAUACUUGAAUGUGAAAACCUGGUGCCAAGAUUAUUUUCUGGAUCAUUCCGCCCUGAACAUCGCUGACACUAUUAGAUCAGAGCUGUCUAGCACCCUGAACCGAAUUGAGCUUCCCAUUUCUGAACCGGCCUUUGGAACCAAGACAAACACUAACGACAUAAAAAGAGCCCUCCUGGCUGGAUUCUUCAUGCAGAUUGCUCGAGAUGUGGAUGGAUCGGGGAAUUAUCUCAUUCUGACGAACAACCACGUGGCCCAGUUGCACCCGUUCUCUGGCUAUGGAGUUCAGUCACACAAACUGGGACUACCAGAGUGGGUUGUCUUCAACGAAUACGCCCUCUCUGAAAACAGCCUGAGAACAGUGUCGGAGAUUUCCCCUCAAGUGUUCAAUGAAAUGGCACCGAUGUACUUCUUCUACAAUCUGCCCCCUAGUGAAAGCAAAGACAUACUGCAAGACAUGUUGGACUCUGAGGAAUCCAGACGUUGCACAAAGAAACAAACCACAAACAGAAACAGUGACACUGACAGAAGCUGGGCAGCUGGAACACAAACUGACAAAUGUGUGAUUCAGUGAGCUGAAGCAUAUGGGUUGCAGUUUUGAAACGGAUUACACAAGUAAAAUAUUUGUAGCAGAUACAAUCUACAGGGAUUUUUUGUAGCCUGAAGGCUUUUGUAAACACUUCACAAAUGACUAGAGAGCUGACAUAUUGAAAACGAUAUCAGUAAUAAGUUCCAGUACGUAGAUUUG